UUCCUUAAAUGGACGGGAAUUUCCAUCAUUGAGAAAUCCUACAACCCAGCAGAAUAUAAGUAGAGUCAAAUCAGUAGAAUCCUCACUGAUAAGUUACUCCACAAUCUGUUAAGACUUCUUCUAGGCCUACACUCUGAAGCAGCUUUAAAACAUCUGUAACCAUGAAGUUGCUUCUAGCAGGAAUUGUUCUAAUUUUAAUUGUGGAAACCAAUGCCCAGUGGUACAACUUUCCUCGUGAAGCCGUUCAAGGAGCUGGAGAUAUGUGGCGAGCAUACAGGGAUAUGAGGGAAGCCAACUGGAUAGGCGCAGACAAGUACUUUCAUGCCAGAGGAAACAGAGAUGCUGCCAGCAGAGGAGCAGGAGGAAGAUGGGCAGCUGAGGUUAUCAGUGAUGCCAGAGAGUGGAUGCAGGAACUAUCUGGUCAUGGUGCUGAUGACUCUGCUGCUGAUCAGAGGGCAAAUGAGCAUGGGCGAAGUGGAAAAGAUCCCAACUUUUACAGGCCACAGGGACUUCCUGACAAGUAUUAGUGCGAAAGCCAUCAACUAUUGAUAAUAAAACUAUUAAAAUAAAU